AUGGUUCAAGAUGUGGUGCGUAGGUUGCACAAAAGUCAUUUAUUAUCUAACGGUGAAUAUGUUCAUAUGCGUUGUUGUGCACACAUAUUGAAUUUGAUUGUGAAAGAUGGGUUAGAUGUGAUUAAGUCGUCAAUUGAGAAAGUUUGUGAUAUUGUUGUGUAUUGGUUGGCUUCGCCUAGAAGGAUAGAGGAAUUUGAAGAUAAUGCAAGGACACUUGGAAUUCACAUGGGUGAACCUCCAAAUGAAACAUCGUUCAUGGACAUAGAUAAAGAUUUGAACCUAGAUUGCGAUAAAGAUUUAGAUAGAUAUGGACUGAAGGAGGAGAAUAAAGAUGAAGCGAAGGGACUGAAGGAGGAUGAGGAGAAGGAGGAAGAGGUGAUGGAGGAUGAGGUGAAGGAGAAUGAGGUGAUGGAGGAUGAUGAUAAGGAGAAUGAGGAUGAGGUGAAGGAGGAUGAGGUGAAGGAGGAUGAGGUGAUGGAGGAUGAUGAUAAGGAGAUGGAGGAUGAGGUGAAUGAGGAUGAGGUGAAGGAGGAUGAGGAUGAGGAUGAGGAGAAGGAGGAUGAGGUGAUGGAGGAUGAGGUGAAGGUGAAGGAGGAUGAGGAGAAGGAGAAGGAAUGUGAGGUGAAGGCGAAGGAGGAUGAGGUGAAAGAGGAUGAGGAGAAUGUGAAGGAGGAGCAAAGGCUAAAGAAGAUGAGAAUGAAAGAUAUGAAAAAUCAAAGGUCAAGAACAAGGCAAAUAAAAUCAGAAAACAAGGAAACUACCUCCAACUUAUUUCAGUUUCUGAAUGUCUUCUACAAAGAGAAAUAA